ACAGUCAACAGUUAAAUAUCUCAGUUGUUUACCAGCUGUUAAGCAGUUCAGACAUGACGAAGAAAGUGGCAGUGGUGACCGGCUCCAACAAGGGCAUAGGGUUUGCCAUCGUCAAGGGUUUACUGCAGCGCUUCGAUGGCGUGGUCUACCUGACCUCUCGGGAUAGUGGCCGAGGGAAAGCAGCUGUCGGUGAACUCAAUAAGCUGGGACUGAAUCCUGCUUUCCACCAACUUGACGUAUCUGAUCGAGAGAGUGUCCUCAGAUUCCGAGACCACAUCCAGGAAACUUGCGGAGGCAUCGACAUCCUGGUCAACAAUGCCGCAGUCGCCAACAGCGUGAAACUUUACAACACGUACGAGGAAGACAAAGAAAUUAUCGACAUCAACUACUACAGCAUUUUGACUAUCCAAGAACUACUAUUCCCUUUGGUGAGGGAUAACGGAAGAAUAUUAAACAUAUCGAGUGACUGCGGACAUCUUUCCAACGUUAGAAACAAGCAUUGGCUCGAAAGACUGUCGAAGAAAGAUUUCACUCAAAAUGAUGUUUUGGAAUUUGUGAAUUGGUAUUUGGAGGCGGCCAAGAAUGGUACGUUUAAGAAAGAAGACUUGGCGGACGAUGCCACUGUCGGGGCUUACAGAGUAGCCAAGGUAGCGUUGAGCGCUCAGACUAUUCUUCAGCAAAGACAUUUAGCAUCACGGAACAUCUCAGUGAACUCGAUGCACCCAGGCCUCGUCCGCACUUCCAUGACCAAAGGAGUAGGGUUCUUCAGCACCGACGAAGCGGCUAAAACUCCUCUGUACUUAAUUCUGGAAGCUCCUCAAGACCUCAAGGGCACCUAUGUGUGGUACGACGGGCGAGUCCUGGACUGGUUCGACUACAAUGCCGAUUAUUAUUUCAAGUCAAAGACUCUAACUUCAUAAAUAUUAAAUUGUAAAUAAAUAUUUAUUAAAUAA